CAGACAAGAGUAUAAAAGUCAGGGCCGUUGGUGUGUUGGGUAGCAGUCUCACAUCUGUGGAUCAGUUGCCAGAACAGCCCAAAGAUAUCUCAAAAUGGCCUUUGCUGGAAUUCUCAAGGACGAGGAUGUCGCCGCAGCCAUCGCCGGCUGCGCUGCUGCUGACUCCUUCAACUACAAGUCUUUCUUCGCCACGGUUGGCCUGAGCGCAAAAUCUGCUGAUGAUAUCAAGAAGGCUUUCUUUGUCAUUGACCAGGACAAGAGCGGAUUCAUUGAGGAGGAUGAGCUGAAACUGUUCCUGCAGAACUUCUCUGCUAGUGCCAGGGCACUUACUGAUGCUGAGACCAAGGCCUUCCUCUCCGCCGGAGACAGCGAUGGUGAUGGCAAAAUUGGAGUUGAAGAGUUUGCCACCCUUGUUAAGGUUUAAGCAUUCGUGGACCCUCGUCUUUUGAACAAGAGCUCUGCUUAGAUAUCAUCUUUUUUAUAUUUAUUUAUGAAUGCCCUGCAAACACCUCCUCGCAAUGAACGCAUUUGUCCAAUUUCUUGGAAAGCUAUUUAUUAUUAAUGUUGUUUUAUUGUAUUUUUAUGUGAAUCAACCUUCUGUGUGCAAUCAUACAAUCUCUUUUGCACUUUACAAAAGGAAAUAAAAGUACAUUUCAUGUAAAA